GCUUCUAUAUUCUCGGCAAACAAAUUCAUAUGGCUAUCGUUUAACGACCCGAUCCCUCCUCCUCAGUUGGAAAUGGCCAUUUCAGCUUAUGCGCUCAUUUCCACUUCCACACUCUUCCGGCCAUCUCCAUUCUCCAAGGGAAGACUGCCACCACCACCUCCUCUCUCCAAAUCUCUCUCCCUCUCCCUCCACAAAACUAUCAACUACAAUUGCAUCGUCUGCUCUCUCAAUCACCACAACAGCUCUGAUUCUUUGUCUGCAAACAAGUUCGUCUGCACCAAAUCUCUCUCCUCCUCUCCGUUUCUGGAUUCUGUUCUUCUACUAUGUGCCUCCGUCGCUCUCUCAUUCUCUCUCUUCUUCUCCGAUGCUGAUUCCGCCUCCGCUUUUGUCGUCACCACUCCGCGAAAAUUGCAGUCUGAUGAGCUCGCUACUGUUCGCCUCUUCCAAGAUAACACUCCCUCUGUUGUCUACAUCACCAAUCUCGCUGUCAAACAGGAUGCUUUUACGUUGGAUGUGUUGGAGGUGCCGCAGGGGUCUGGUUCGGGCUUUGUUUGGGACAAACAGGGUCACAUUGUCACCAAUUAUCAUGUGAUUCGUGGUGCUUCUGAUCUGAGGGUCACUCUUGCCGACCAAUCAACUUAUGAUGCACGAGUUGUUGGGUUUGACCAAGACAAAGAUGUUGCUGUUUUGCGAGUUGAUGCUCCCAAAGACAAACUAAGGCCUAUUCCUAUUGGUAUUUCAGCAGACUUGCUUGUUGGCCAAAAAGUUUAUGCUAUUGGUAACCCUUUUGGACUUGACCAUACUCUCACAACUGGUGUCAUCAGUGGGCUGCGCCGAGAAAUUAGUUCUGCUGCUACUGGCCGUCCAAUUCAGGAUGUCAUACAAACAGAUGCUGCCAUCAAUCCUGGUAAUAGUGGGGGACCCCUUCUGGACAGUUCAGGAAGUCUUAUUGGGAUAAAUACAGCCAUAUAUUCUCCUUCUGGUGCAUCCUCUGGUGUUGGAUUCUCAAUUCCUGUUGACACUGUAGGCGGCAUUGUUGACCAGUUGGUUCAGUUUGGAAAAGUUACCAGACCUAUCUUGGGAAUUAAAUUUGCACCUGAUCAGUCAGUGGAGCAGUUGGGUGUAAGUGGGGUUCUCGUCUUAGAUGCUCCUGCAAAUGGUCCGGCAGGCAAAGCGGGCUUGCAGUCGACCAAACGUGAUUCCUAUGGUAGACUUAUCUUGGGUGAUAUCAUAACAUCAGUAAAUGGAAAAAAAGUCACAAAUGGCAGUGAUUUGUACAGAAUUCUCGAUCAAUGUAAAGUGGGUGAUGAGGUGACUGUUGAGGUAUUGCGUGGCGAUCAUAAGGAGAAGAUACCCGUGUUGCUUGAGCCAAAGCCUGAUGAAUCAUAGUGUCAAUGGUCUGGCAUGCUUCAUUAGGACAGUAUAUACAUAUUUUGGGAAUGUCAUUGAUUGUCUAAACGAUCUUGAUGUACAUAAAUUGUUCACUGCAUUGGUGAUGCAGAAACUGUACAACAUUAAACUCAUCCUAGCGAAUACGUCAAAUAUGAAUCACAGCAGUAACACCCACAAUUCUUACUAGGUUCAUAUUUAAAUAUCAAUGGUAUUCCACAACCUGCUGUUUUA